AUGACCGCGCUCAUCGUCAUUGACAUGCAGCGCUUCUUCGAAAGCCCCGCAUCCCCAAUCAUGUCCAACGUCAACAACCUCAUCGCGUUCUUCCACUCCACCAAUGCCCUGGUAGUCUACACGCAGCACGGACACACGCCAGCCCAGUUGAGUGGGGAAGAGGUAUCGCAACUUGUGCGUUUCUGGGGCGCGAAACAUUCGAUCCACCGCUUCUCGGAAUCGUGGCAACUACUUCCCAACCUGUCUCCGCCUAUCCCAACCGACAUAACGGUGCAGGACAAGGACACGUACGAUGCGUUCAUCCACACUCACUUGGAGGAGACGUUACGGGCGCGUGGAGUUGAGCGCGUACUGGUGACGGGAGUGUUGACUAAUUUCUGUUGUGAAACGACCGCCCGGUCCGCGUUUAAUCGCGGAUUCGAAACUUGGGUCAUUGGAGAUGCGUGUGGGGCCAACCAUCCCGAAAUGCAUGCUAGUUCCCUUCGCGCGCUGGAGGCUGGGUUCGGCGAGGUCGUCACAACCGAGGAGGCGAUUGCGCGGCUUGGCGCCGAGUAG